AUGAGCGACGAAGAAUAUGACAGCGAAGACUUUGACCGCGAGGAUGAUGAUAGCGAACCUGAUUAUGAAUUCAGACGUCGUAAUCAAUCUCCAGAAGUAGUAGCUGCUCCCAACCUACGCUCUUUCAAAUCACAGUUACGAGGCUGCUUGGACCGAAUAGAGCACGAAGGAACCUUUUCCGCCAUUCAUCAUUAUCAGUCCUACACCCCUCCUGGUCUCUUCUUAGAUGCACUUGGGUCAGUUGGCUUGCCCUUGAGCAUUCGCGAUGCAGAGGCCAUCAAACAAGCAUGCCUGUCCUCAAAUUCUGGGCCCCUUCCCAUGGAUGAUAUCUGGGAAGUUGGAUUCGAAUGCAAAAACCCUGAAUGGGAAGCGCAACUCGAUACCUACAUCAACAGAACAGUCGAACUGCUGGGUUUCGCGCGAUCGAUUUGGGCCGUACCACGAAGAACACUUCUCUGCGGAGUGAACGCAUUCGCGAACGGUGAACUACCAGAUAAUACCGAGACGCGCGGUAAAUGUGGUACACUACUGAUAUGCCUGCCGUCGGAGCAUACUGGUGGUAAUAUUGAAGUUAGCCACCAUGACGAAAGGUGCAAUUUCGCGACUUCAGCUACAUCAGCUUUUGGAUUAACUGUGUUGGCGUGGCAUUCUGAUGUUUCCUCCAAAGUACAAAGAAUUACCUCGGGCUAUCGCUUGGCUCUUGAAUAUGAUCUCGUACGAAAUGUAUCAGAAGGACCCGAACAAACAGCUACAUCACUUUCAACAAGACACAAUGAGCUACAGCAAAUCUUGCAGCAAUGGCAGGAUGCCCCAAAUUUCCCCGAUAUCCUUCUAUAUCCUCUUAAGCGAAAAUACACCGACCUUGCCUUGCAGUCAUUGCAAGGUGGCGAUGCUGCCAAAGCGAGAUACCUGGAUCAUGUUUGCAAGUCGAAUGGUUUCCUUUGGUUUCUUGGCCGCUUGACUCGAACAGAAACUGUAAUCGAUGAGGAGCCUGAUAUUCCCAUGAAGCACUCACUUCACCAGGUGGUCACUCCUCUUGGAGAGGCGGUGGAGUUGAGUAGAAUUAUUGAUAUUUCACACAUCGUGACAGAGGACUUGUACCGAGGGCGGCAAUCAGACAAUGAAGUCGGAUCAGACUUCGAAUAUGACAUGCCGAGAAAGUUGACGAUUCAACACCAUGACAAUGUUGUACUGGUCCUGGUGGACAGAGCUAAAUUGUUGCAGAAGGAAAGGAUUCUGGACUGUACCAAUUCUGCCUCGUUGCUCUCCUACUUCAAAAUUUGCAACAACGAGCUUGUACCGCUCGAGUUGCGCGAAUCCCUGAUGCAGACAUUUUUACAGGCUGCUAUCGAAAUGCUUUUCAAGGCGCUGAAGGGAGUGUUAUCUGUUAUGGACCAUAACGGACUGGUCCAUGAGGACCGAGCUAUUUCAGAAAUGAAACAGGUCAUUGUCGGCUCGAUAAAACAUUCUGCACUAGUCGGACGAAGUGAAGCCAUCUGUUCCAUUUUGGCUCCUGCUCUUCGAAAUCCAGUCUUUUGGGCUUCCUUGUCAAACCCCCUCGCAAAAGUCAUCAAAGAGCAGAUAUACAUCGAUUUUGUCAAGCGGGGGGCGGGCGUUUUCGAUGCAUGGUUCUCGUAUUUACCAGAUGUGCGCACAUUCGUGGAUGUCAAUAACAUUCGAACGUUUCUGGAUCAAGUCGCACAGCAGAUACCCACCACGUCAAGCGUUUCCCAUCAAGAGUUUCGUGAGCGGAAGUUGACAGACCUCUUGCGUAAUAUCCAAGACUAUUCCGAGUCUGAUGUCAACGCAAUUCUAUCUUUGAUAGAUAGUCGUGCGGUGCCUCCAAGGGUAUACUAUGACGUGGUGAUACCAACACUUGCCAGAGGAAAUCGCGCAGCACUUUCUCUUUUCUUGGAGAGGUUUGGGUGUAAAUCUGUCGACGAGCAUUGGCGGCCAACUGUCCAAGCUACUUUCAAGUCGUUACUGGAAACCUCUAUGACUACUUUAAAAGCACGACAUGCCGAUCUUAAAGAUCAAAACGUCCAUGUGACAGGCAACACCACCAUAUCAUCACGGACUUACGUGACACGUCUGAUCGAAAUCUUGCGGACAACACUCCACCUGAAGCUACAGUCGGAAGCAAGACUACUCAUGGAAGUUGCAUUUUCGGACGUACCAGAUUUGAAAUCCCCGAUAUGGUCGGAUUGGACGACGAUCUUUGACAUCCAGAAGGGACUGUUUCAUGUGAUGGAACAAUACGACUAUGAGCCUCUCAAUAUGGCUGCAGCGUAUUAUUCCAGGACAUCAUUCGCUAAUUGCGUCGAAAGCCUUGCUCUCAAGCGCCCGCGUCCGCCAGUGGACUGGAGCCGCGGACAAGUGUAUCCAUGUAGCGGGUCCUGCCUGCAAUGCCGAGAUCUGAAUCAUUUUCUCGGUGACCCGGUGCAACCGCAAGCAAUAUUCGGCUAUCCAAUGCAGGCUCGUAAACACAUAGAGUUCAAGCUAAAUGGCCAAUACUGUGAAUGUGUCACGGAUAAAGACUUUAAGCCUCACAGGUUCAUAGUCACAAAAACUGACGGAAGGUAUCGGGAGCUACAGACACGGUGGAUCACGGAGGUUGACAGGUUACGUGAGCGCCUUACCAGCCUAGUGAAUCCCUUUGGGUUGAAGGUUCUUGGGGCAUCGUAUGUUCAGGCGCUUUUCGACAGGUUGGACAAUGCAUCUAUCUCACAACCAGGUCCCACCAUGGAACAGGAGGCUCAAAGUAAUCCUCACGGGCAACUUUCGGGGCCCCUUCAACCACCAGCUAGUGUAUCAGGUCCUCAGGGCUAUCACUCGCCGCUCCCUGGGCCAUCCAAUAUCCCAGUUCAUACUGCAGCAAGUUCGUCAAGCCACGCAGGAGUCAAAAGAAGAUUUGACGGCACGCAUUAGUAUACGGGCACUCAAAUGGUGAAGGGUUCUCUUUGCUAUAGAUAGCGGUUGGGCAGAUGAGCUGCUUGCAUCUUUGUUUCGCGAUCGUCGAAUCUGCAUCUGGUACGGGGGCGGCGAUGACAAAUUGAAUCAACCAGCAGCUGGAUACGAUGCCGAAG